GGAGGCGCGCAGUCAGGCGUUCUCCACGGGCAGCCGGCGGCGGGGCCUUGCCUCAUAGCGCGGGGUCCUCGGCAGCCUGGGUGUCUACUGCCCCAGCUGCUGUCGUAGGCGAGGACGGCUGCUAGUGCGGCUGCUGUUGGUUCGCGGCGGCGGCGGAGGAGGAGGAGGAAGAGGGCGAGGCAACAGGGGAAGAAGGAGGCAGGCGCGGCGGCGGCGGCUUCGCCCGGGGCCGGCGGCGGCGGCGGCGGCGAGGGGGGGGAAGAUGGCGGACGUGCUCAGCGUCCUGCGACAGUACAACAUCCAGAAGAAGGAGAUUGUGGUGAAGGGAGACGAAGUGAUCUUCGGCGAGUUCUCCUGGCCCAAGAAUGUGAAAACCAACUAUGUAGUUUGGGGGACUGGAAAAGAAGGCCAACCCAGAGAGUACUACACAUUGGAUUCUAUCUUGUUUCUACUUAAUAAUGUGCACCUUUCUCAUCCUGUUUAUGUCCGACGGGCAGCCACUGAAAAUAUACCUGUGGUUAGAAGACCUGACCGAAAAGAUCUGCUUGGAUAUCUCAAUGGUGAAGCAUCAACAUCCGCAAGCAUAGACAGAAGUGCCCCUCUAGAAAUAGGUCUUCAGAGAUCUACCCAAGUAAAACGAGCUGCAGAUGAGGUUUUAGCAGAAGCAAAGAAACCACGCAUUGAGGAUGAAGAGUGUGUGCGCCUUGAUAAAGAGAGAUUGGCUGCUCGUUUGGAGGGUCACAAAGAAGGGAUUGUACAGACUGAACAGAUUAGGUCUUUGUCUGAAGCUAUGUCAGUGGAAAAAAUUGCUGCAAUCAAAGCCAAAAUUAUGGCUAAGAAAAGAUCUACUAUCAAGACUGACUUAGAUGAUGACAUAACUGCCCUUAAACAGAGAAGUUUCGUGGAUGCUGAGGUAGAUGUGACACGAGACAUUGUCAGCAGAGAGAGAGUAUGGAGGACACGAACAACUAUCUUACAGAGCACAGGAAAGAAUUUUUCCAAGAAUAUUUUUGCAAUUCUUCAGUCUGUGAAAGCUAGAGAAGAAGGGCGUGCGCCUGAGCAGCGACCGGCCCCAAAUGCAGCACCUGUGGAUCCCACAUUGCGUACCAAACAGCCUAUCCCAGCUGCCUACAACAGAUAUGACCAGGAAAGAUUCAAAGGAAAAGAAGAAACGGAAGGCUUCAAAAUCGACACUAUGGGCACCUAUCAUGGAAUGACACUGAAAUCUGUAACGGAAGGUGCAUCGGCCCGUAAGACUCAGACUCCUGCAGCACAGCCAGUACCAAGACCAGUUUCUCAAGCAAGACCUCCCCCAAAUCAGAAGAAAGGAUCUCGAACACCCAUUAUCAUAAUUCCUGCAGCUACCACCUCUUUAAUAACCAUGCUUAAUGCAAAGGACCUUCUGCAAGACCUGAAAUUUGUUCCAUCAGAUGAAAAGAAGAAACAAGGCUGCCAACGAGAAAAUGAAACUUUAAUACAGAGAAGAAAAGAUCAGAUGCAACCAGGGGGCACUGCAAUUAGUGUCACAGUUCCUUAUAGAGUAGUAGACCAGCCCCUUAAACUUAUGCCUCAAGACUGGGAUCGGGUUGUAGCAGUUUUUGUGCAAGGUCCUGCAUGGCAGUUCAAAGGAUGGCCAUGGCUUUUGCCUGAUGGAUCACCAGUUGACAUAUUUGCUAAAAUUAAAGCCUUCCAUCUCAAAUAUGAUGAAGUUCGUCUAGAUCCAAACGUUCAGAAAUGGGAUGUAACAGUAUUAGAACUCAGCUAUCACAAACGUCAUUUGGAUAGACCAGUUUUCUUACGGUUCUGGGAAACAUUGGAUAGGUACAUGGUAAAGCAUAAAUCCCACUUGAGAUUCUGAAUUUUAGUUGGUUUCUCUUUUUCUGGAGAUCUGGAUUAAGAAGCAUGGAUAUACCUUGACCUAAAGACUGAGACUCAAGCUUUAUGAAUUUAUCAAGAAUUUACGAAUGAAGAAGGUCACAGAUCGAUCUUUUUAUAAGACCUUAUUUGAUGCUUUAUGCUUCAAGGGGAUGAUGCUUGUCAUCUAUAUAAGCAAACUUUUUGGCUUACAACUAUUUUUUUAAUAUUAGCCUUCUAGUCUGUAAUGGAAAUUGUAUAUUUUGAUAGAAGUUUUUUCUCCAUUGGUUAAAUUAGCAUUACUUAAAAUUUGUUUCUUUAGAAAAUAAAUACAGGUUAUAAAAUGUGUGUAUAUUUAGAGGUUAUAAGGCUCUCUAGGCCAUCUUGCUUCUGAUUUUUCAUUGCUCUAUAAUUCCUUUUACUGGAAAUACUGUGUUAUGAAUGGUAUUAAAUUUUAGUCUCUGAAACUUUGAAAACUAGCAAAGGGAUGUGACUAUUUUGAAUGAAUCAGAAUGUCAACUGUAUGUAUACUAUACCUAUACUUAUUCUUUAUUUAAAAAAGAAUAAUGAAAAAUCAAGAACAAUUCUUCAGCUGGUUGAACUGUUCAGCCUUUUCAAGACUUCUUCACUUUUAAAAUGAAUACGUUUAAUGAAUGUACAUUCUUCUCACUGACUUCGGUGAUUUUAAAACUUAGAAUGAUAUAUUUCUAUCUGUGCUAUCUUUCCACUUGAAAAAUCUCAAAACACAGAUUAAAACCUGAUAGGCUAUAGUACUUUUUAUUUUGGAAGACAGAGUAUGUUUGGGGGAAGGAAAUGUAUUAUUAGUUCUACUGCAAUGUAACUUUAACCUUCUUAUCUUUUCUCAUAAGUUCACCUUUGAUUCUUACUUUAUAUGUAUGACAUAGGAUUUUGAGUCUUCUAUUUCUAGGCAUGUUGAUCUUGGAGUUCUUAUCUUCCAUUAUCCCUAAAUAUUGAUAAACUCCCCCAGACACCAAAGAACACAUUUGCUUAAUUGUCUGAACAGAAACAAGAUAAAAACACUGGUAUUUUUAUGUGUGUGUUCAAUAUCGUAUAAAAUAUAAAACCUAUAUUUUAACUUAGUAAAAUAUUUUACUACUUCUCUACUUUAGAGUAUUGCAUCCAAGAUACAAAUGAAUGAGCAUUUUCCUUGAGUCUUGAUUUCACUGUUUAUUACCUAAAAUCAACUGGGAACCUCUACUCCCUUAAAGAGUUUUUGCCAUUAGAAUCCUUGCUGAUCAUUCAUCUUGUGUCAUUUUUUUCCUCCAUCUCCCCCCCCCCCCCCGCCCAGUGAUCUCUCUUAGUUGUGUGUAUGUGUGUGUAUAUAUAUAUAUAUAUAUAUGACAGAAUAUAUAUAUAUAUUUUUGGUAAACAUUUAGCUCCUUCUUAUGUUAUGCUGACAUUACCUAGCCUCGUUUUGAAAUUUAAUGCUAUCAUAUAAAUGAGAAGCACUUAUUAUUUAUUUUUAAAGUAGUCACCAAAGUCCGUACCAAUAGUAAAUAGAAAAAGUAUUUAUUCAUGUGGAAUAAAUGGUUCUUAAGAAAAGCAGUCAGCAUUUUAAAUUAUUAGAUUAUAGCAUAUUUAUAAGGUUUGAACAGAUUCUACCCCCUUCCUUCCUUUCUUUGCAUCCUCUCUUCAAAACAAAAGAGAACUCAAAUUUGUUCACUUUAGAAUUUCUCAGCAUAUAAACUGUUUUCAAAAUAAAUUAUGUAUUGUAUAAACUUUCUCCAUGAUGAAAUCGUUGAGGACUAGAAUCUGUGAUAUUUUAAUGUAAGAGUACUUAAGACUACUACAAGUGGACAAGAACUACCUUUCUAUAAAGAUUUUUAGUAUUUAUACUUAUGUCAUAUAUGAAACUUACUUGAUACAGAGUGUGGUUAAAAUUGGGAACAUCUACUUUGAACAGGGUUUAUUUUUCUAUCUUGAAUUUGCCUUAUGUAUAUUCAAAGGCUUCUGGAAAUACUAUAAAGAAACAUUAGGGAAAGUACAAAUAUGCUAUGCUAUUAUGUAUUUUAAAAUCAGACUCUUAGUAUGUGCUGAUUUUCUUUUUCUUUUUUUUUCAGUAGUUCAGUCCCUUAUUUAGGUCCAUGUAAUUGAUUUAAUAGCCAUUAAUUCCAAAAACAAUUUUUUUUCAGCCAAUCAUUAUCUCCUGAUUCCUGAGUCCUACAGCAGCACCUAUAACUGUGCCUUGCACAUAGUAGGCAUUCAGUAAAUAAUUUAUAUGCAUGAAUUAAUGACCUUUUCCAUGUAACUGAUUUAUUACAAAAAGUACUUUGACUAGAUGUUGGAAUUUGAAAGUAUGGAAUUACAGGGAAUGAAGAGAUACACACAGAUAUUUUCAUGGAAAUGAGGUAUGCAUUAGUAAACCUGACAUAUCCAUAAGUUACUGUUAACUGGAGACACCCUGGUCUUGUCCCCCAGUAAAAGAAAAUUUCAUUUCUUUAUUCAUAGGAUCCUCUUCUGAGUCAGAUAACAUUAAGAAGCUUCUAGGUUUCAGUCAGUAACUCUCAACCCUGACAAACCAUUAGAAUCAUUUGGGGGACUAUUUAAAUACACUAUUGCCUGAUUCCUGAUUCUGAUUUAAUCUGGGCUGAGACCUGAUCAUCAGUAUUUUCAAGAAGUUCUCAAGGUAAUUUCAUGUUCAGAAAGGAUUGAGAAUCACUGAUUUAAUUUGUUACUAAAAACAAUACCAGUAUUAAAAUGUGCUUCCUCCUCACCUCUCCUCUCUUUUUUUUUCCUUUCCUGCUUUUUUUUCUUUUGAUAACCAACCUUUACACUAGACCAUCCCCCUUAUUGGGUACUGGCCUAUAGUUCCACAUGACAAAUUCAAGUCUUAUUUAUUUAAUAUAGGAGUAUUUUGCUGUUUUAUAUUUAAACAAUGUUUAAUAUAUUUCAUUAUAAACUAGUAUUACAGUUUAUGAUUUGUUUCCCAUAUGUCCAUAUCUUUUACUAACUUUUUAAAAAUAUCAGCAUAACAACAAUCCAUACAGAAAUAACUAGUUCAUAAUGAGGAAAAUUUCAUAGUUAAUUUUUAAGGUAGAAGACAGUAAAGUAUUAAUUUCUUAUCUGCCAUGCAGAAUUAGAGUUUGCUUAUGAAAGGAAAGGGGCAUACUUUUAAAUUGGUCUGCACAGAAAAGUAAAAGUAAAUUAUUCAUUUAAAUGAAAUUCAUUAUCAAACAUUGAAGGAAAUUUUUUCCUAAAUAAAAAUUUUUGUGACUCCUAACAAAAUUAAAGUGAUACAUUCUUUUUUGGAGGGUGGGGAGGGGGUAUUUAGUUGCCAUAUUUCUUACAAUUCCAUUUUAUUGAUAAUAACAAUAGAAAUGAUGAUACGAUAUACAUAUGUGGCCAGAAAUAAAGUGCCACUUUGUCAGAUAAUGAUUAUCUGAGUCUUAGUUGUUGAACUAAUUAGUUUAUGAAACUUUUGAGACCAGUGCUUUUUAUAAAUAUUGGAAAAGCUAAUCAAAAUUAAAACAUGAAAAAUAAAUUUAAUUACAUGAGCCUUAGUAUUACUUGACUGAAUUUUUAUUCACUUGGAUUUGAUAUGCAACUGGUUACCCUAACCAAAGUAAAUUAACUUUAUAAAAGGACAAAUGACUGAAUUUGACUUAAAUUAGAAUUGGAUUAGGAAUUUGAACUGCCAUGUCCUAUAUAUCCUGGCUUCUCCAUUGCCACAUUUGGCUGUUUAGUGGUGCCAUCAUGGUUUCUAUAUUAAUAUGUUGGAAAUAUAAUUAGGGAAAAGUUGAAAAUGUAUAAUAGGUGUAUAAAGAAUUAUAUUUAGUAAAUGCAUAAUAGGCAAUAAUACAUUCAGGCCAUUGAUCUGUUUGGGCUUAUAUGUAUUAUUUUAGGUAGUGUUUAUUAGAGUAUCUUGGGAGUUAUAAAUGUAUGCCAUUUAAAUGAGUAAAGGUAAUGAAAUUUUAUUGCCAAAAUUCAAAAAGUGGGGUGAUACUAUGUCACAUUUAAGUGAAUGAUGUACUGAGAAUUUUGUUUGCUACUGAAUUCCCUUUCUAUCCAGUUUAAGUUGACUAAAAUUUACUUAACCUCCAAGUUUGAUUAUAGUGGUUUAUAUAUAAUGUAGUUCAUUUACAUGGUGUAGGCAUUAUAAAUGAUUGUUUAGCCACCAAUUUGUAUUAUUUCUCAAGCACAGUGUUUCUUGAAUGGAGCUUUAAUUUGGGCCAUGUGACCUGAUAAAAUGUUCUAGUCAUUCUUAUGCCAUUUCAGUCAAUUUUUAAAUUUCAAGUUUAAUUGUAAAUAAAACAUUUUAUAAGACUUUACUUCAGCAGUCUUGGGGACGUUCCCACUCCCAGUUCUACUCGGCUUUUUGUCCCUCCAACCAAAAAAUCACAUCCAACCAAGAACACAGAAACUGUAUUUUGGGGUAGGAUAUGGAUGACGACUGUCUUUCCAUGAAAGGAUUAUGAGAUUUUUUCAGGCAUAGUAUUUCUCUGUUUUGAAAAUAAAUGCAGUGUGAGUUUUCACUUUGAAAACUAGUGAGUUAAGUACAUUUAUAGUUUUUUGUUAAUGCGUUAAAUAAUGUAGGGAAUCAUAGUUCUUCCUAAAAGUAACAAGCCACAUGCUCUGUUGAACUUGGUUUGCUUAUGGUCCAAUUUACUAUGUCCUUUAUUGUUUUAAUAGAAUUAAGAAUGUAUCUGGUAAAUUACAUUGUUUUUACAGUUUGAGUACUCUGAUUUUAACAUUUUAUAGUUUGAAAACAAACUGUACUCUGCAUAUAAUCAGAUCUUUAACAGCAUCAACAUAUUGGUUGUGCCAGUGAUAACGUCUGACUCUUUUGCAACAAAAUUUCUUUAAUGAAGAGUUUAAUGGGCCCUAUUCAAACUUAAUUUCCAUUCAGUUCAUAAGUGCCCACUUAAUAUGUGUUUUAUCUUGCUCUUCUAUUCAUUUGAUCAUUGGCUCUUAGUCAAAUGAGCAGUCACAUAACUAAAAUAGAUAUAGCAUGAGUUGAAAAUGCUGUUGGAUUUUUUUUAAGACUCAAAGGUGCUAGUAUAUGUAUAACAGCACAUUGCCAAAUAAGCUUUUUUCUCCUCAAACACUUCCCAUUUUUAUUUAAUCAUGUAAUGAUCAGGUAUUUAUGGUAGCUUGGAAGACUUCCUCUUAAUUUUCUUCAGUGACCAUAAAAAAACAUAAAAAUAGCUCUGGAGAAGCCUGUGUUGAGUCUGUCAUAAUUAUUUGUAGAUACUUUAUCCCAGAAUUAUAGUUCAUAAUUCAUCAUCCAAAAAAUGUUGAUUUAUAUUACAUAACUAAUGUAAAUAGGAAUCAGUAUAAGAAAGAAGAAAUUAGAGAUUUGAUUAAUCACACUUGAAUAUUUUUUUGGACUGUACUUCAUUUACCAAAAAUUUCCAAAUGGAAACACAUUGGGUGGUUAUACAACAUUCACUGUGAUAAAAUGUGGUAAUUUACACUCACAGAAGAACUACAUUCAUGGAGUUUACCAUAUUAAAAGUGUAAAUAUGGUAAUGGUAUCAAUUUCUCUUUAAAAUUAUUAAAUAAUAUAAAUAUGUUUUUCUUUAAAAUGAAAUAGUUUGAAAUUUUAUCAAGUUGGUGUGUGUAAUGGUUGGGGAAGAUCAAAUGAGCUUGCUCUUGGCUUAUUCAAUUAUUUUACCCCAGUUGGGCAUCACUAAAGUUUAUGGUCAUUUUGACUGUAAGACAGUUUUAAAGUAUUAUAUUCUUAUUUAUGUGUUUAUUUCAUAAUACACCACUGAGUACAAAAAAGGAAGUUUAAGGGUUACUGAUGAUGAAACAAACUGGGGGGCAUUCAUGGUAGUUGAUGUAGGAAUUGGAGGAGAAAGAAGAAAUUAUAAUGGCACUCUAACUCAUUGUGAAACAUUGUAGUAGGAUUUAGGCAGUGAUGUAUUUUUUGGGGGUUUAGACAUAAACGUAAGUGAAGCUAGGCAAACCUGUGGUAUGAUUUUUCUCCAGCAGCAUGUAGUGGCUUGGUUGCAGAUAUAGAAAAAGCAAAUAGAUUUUCAACUUUUGAUGGAAGUAGAAGCAAGCCAGGGAGGUGAAGUUAAGUAACAAGUGAUGAUUAUAGUACCAGAACAUGGAAUCUCAGCUCUUCAAGGAAUAAACAAUAUAAAGGAGGUCAUGGAGUGUAUGAAAGUGGGGCUGACUCAUGAACCGAAAACUUCAGUGAAAUGAAGCUAAAAGUAAGUCUGAAAGAGAAAGGAGGGUGGGAAUAUGAGAUCAAGAGUUCAGAGGUGAUAUGAUAUUCAUAAGGAAAAGUCAAGACCUUGGAAGUGACUGAGGAGAAGAGCUUUUUGGAGUCAGAUCUGAGACCACAGUUACUCAUGGGAAUGUUGAAAUAACAGAACGACAAGAAUAGGGGUGACAGGGAAGAUGGCCACAGGCUGGUGACUUACAUCAAUGGCAUCAAGAACAUUGUAACUGAAUAGCAUGAGCUUUAAAGCAUCCAUGCUCAAAAUCAUUGGCUUUGUAUCAAGAGAUAAGUGAAUGUACAUUUAGAUAUUUUUAGAAUUUUUUUAAAGGUAUAGAUCAUUUCAUUGCCUCUAACUUUUUUUUUUUUUUUUUAAUUGUGUGCUUGUUCCAUUAGCAUAGAUUAUGAGGGCUUUUACUGAACUAAGUGUAAAUCCUGACAGACUUUCUACCUUCUCUGAGUCCAUUUUGCUGCCACAUCAGGCUAGAUCUUGUAUUGUCUCUUCUGUAGUUCAAUGAUAAUUGGAAGUGGAUAAAAUUCUUUGUUGGAAGGCCUGAGCACCACUCUGUUCUGAGGUUUCAUAACGUGCCCAAACUGAGGUCACUCCUAGUUGAAUAUACAUCUCCUUUCUGAGGGAGAACUCCAUGAAUGGUUCCCAAAGUGGCUCCGGGGUGCUGGAAAAAAGGGAUACCUGAAAGUAUUAGAGGUUGGAAAGGGUUUUUCAUUAGCUUUUCUUUCUUUCUUUCUUUUAAGAUUUUAUUUAUUUAUUUGAGAGAGAGAGUGUGAGAGAGAGAAUAUGAGAGGGGAGAGGGUCAGAGGGAGAAGUAGACUCCCCAGUGAGCAGGGAGCCCGAUGUGGGACUCGAUCCCGGGACUCCGGGAUCAUGACCUGAGCCGAAAGCAGUUGCCCAACCAACUGCGCCACCCAGGUACCCUCAUUAGCUUUUCUAUGGGCAUCUUCUUACUUCCUCAAGUUUGUUUUGUUCUAGAUUUUGGAUGAGAAUUCUUGGAAUGUUGUCAGCUUUCUUUUCUUACAGUGAGGUACGUUAGAUGUUACUUUGAGCCUAAUUUAAACCUUACCAGAAUCUGUUCCUUUUCUUUAUCAACAUGAGAUGGUGUGUAUCCUUUUCUUCUUUGGUGGCUGAUGGUUUUCUGUUUUUCCUUUUUUUCUUUCUCCUACCAAUUUUUUAGUUGUUAAAGUGUGGUGGAGCUAUGCUCUCACUUCAUUGUCUUCACCCAGAAGUGACCUUACUAUUCUUGAUGGAGGAAACAAGCCAUAGAAUUCUUAGUACUAUAUCUCAGUAACAUGCAUUUAAUAAUCUUUCCUCCUAUUACAAUUUUUUAUAUGUCCUGUCACCCAUCAAGGACUUGUCUGUUCAUAUGUGUUCUCCUACAUCUCUCUCCACUGUCAUGAGUUUUGCCCUAUUACUGUUCCCUCUCUAGCUUGUGUCUUCAUCCUGUCACCACCCUGUAUUUGCCCCUUCCACCCACAUUUAAACUGGGUUGCACCUUUCAUCUUAAACAGGGUUCUAGGGGGAUGGCUUGAAUAUGAGCACCUCUCAAAGACUCAUGGAGUUAGAGGAAAACUGUGCAGUCCACAUGUGUGGUACUAGGAAAACCAGCUUCAGAGUACCCGCUAGGCUACUGCAUGGUGGGCUCUCAGUUCCUGUGUGUAUGGGUCCUCGGUACACAGAAGCAGAGGUAUUUGGCUUGCUUGUAUUGCCCAUAGGUUUAUUGCCACUCAGACUGUCCCACAGUUGGAUUUAUGCCAAAGGGUGAAUGAGUAGACAAAGGAAAAGAGUCCAGAGAAGCCUAAAGAAAAAAUAGAAUUAGAGAACAUUCAGAAGUGAGUGGUGUUGAAAACGAACUGCUGGUGAAGAUGGCUGACAACUUUAAUUUUGAAAACGCAGAUGAGGAACUUCACAGCGUGAAGUAAGCUUUCUAUAAAUUAAAAGCCCAACACAUUAAAAUGUAGUAAAAGCAGCAAAUGGCCACUCUUGAGGACCAAAUUAGUGGCCUAGAAUUUGUGCAGUAGUAAUUCUGUCUAGAAAAUCAAAACCCAAAGACCUGAAGAUCGUAGUAAAAAGGAGAACAACUUAAAAGCUUAGGAUAUUUAAUGUGAAUCAGUGAAGAACCACAAGGAAAAAAAGGAAGCAGACUUAUGAAAAUAAUUCGUAAAUAGUAGAGGAACAUUUCACUGGUUUUAAAGUGUUCUUGCUAUAUAGGUUCCAUGUAACAUCAAGGAAAAUAAAAGACACUAGGCAGACAUUUUAUUCAAAUACUUAUUGUCUACUUCAUGGCAGUGAUAAGCACUUAGUCACGGGAAUUUAGAGUGAACAAAGCAUGAGCCAUGCCAUCAUUGAGUAGGAAGAGGUAGACAAUAAAAUGAAUAAAUAUGUCAGAUGUGAGUAAGUGAUAGAAAAAAAAAAUAAGAGUGAUUAACAGUGUUGGGAUAAGGUAGAGGCAAGAUACACUAUUUUAUAUUGGUGGUCAGAGACCGUUACGGUGACAUUUGAGUGGAAAUGAGGGAACCGACCUCAUAAAUCCCUGGGGAGAAAGUACUCCAGAGGGUGAACAGGAAGUUUAAAAACCCUAAGGUAAUAUCAUAGCUGUGACUCCAAGACUGGCAAGGAAGCCCCUUUGGUAGGGCUGAGGGAGCAAGAACAGUAAUACGUGAGUGCAGAGUGGCAGCAGGAAACAAAAUUUUAUGUGGGGCUUUGUAGACUGUUGUAAAGCCCUUGGCUUUUAUUCAUUGGUACAUAUGGGAAGCCGUUCGAGAGUUUUUGGGCAAAGGAGUGACCUCCUGUGACCCUGGUUUCAAGAGUCACAAUGCUGUUGGAAAAGAGACUAUUUGAGGAGUAAUGGCAGGAGCUGGGAGGCCAGUCAUUAGCUACUUCAGUCAUUGAGGUAAGAAAUCACUAGGGGUGGGACCAGGGUUACUGGUGGAGGAGUGAUAAGUAGAUUCUGGAAAUAUUUUGAAAGUACAUAGAUGGGGUGUGGUGUGUGAUAGUAGAGUCAACAAUCAGGUCUUUUGGUUUGGGGCUUUUGCCUAAUAACUGGAGGCAUGGGAUUUCUGCUUACUGUGCUAGGAGGAAAUUGGAUAAGGGUCCGAUUGGGGGAUGGUAGGUAGCAGCAGAGGGAAUUGGGAGUUUUGGGAAUGCUGAGAUUGAGAUGCUUAUUAGACAUGCAGGAGGAGAUACUCAGAUUAUUUCAGGGUAAAGAGAGGAAUUUAUAAAGGAAAAAGAAAAAUCGCCAAGCUUUAGAGAAUGACCACAACUAAAUCUGUUUCCCAGGUGAGACCAUUUAUCUUGAGGCUAUGCAAGGAUCCAAAGAAUGUAUCUCCCAAGUACCCUCAGUUGAAGAAAAUGCACAUUAGAACUUUAAAGAACUUCAAAUAAAGACGUGUUCUGUGGUAGAGUGGCUGGAAAUUUGUGAUGUUAAGUGAUAAGUACUCUUCAAGUGGGAGAGACCUACUACUGGAGAAUCUCACAUCAUUAACCUCAAGUACUAAGUUAUCUCAGCAAAACCAGAAGUGAGGCCUGAGCAAGAAGUAGAGAGAAAGCAUUCUAAAUUUCUCAUCCCUGGUGAGAAAAAUGAUUUUAUGGAAGAUGAAGUUGUUCUUGCAACUAAUCAGAAGUUCUAUAUUUUUGACAACUUUUUUUUUUUUUAAAGAUUUAUUUAUUUAUUCGACAUGAAGAGAGCACAAGCAGGGGGGAAUGGCAGGCAGAGGAUGAGGGAGUAGCAGGCUUCCCACCGAGCAAGGAGCCUAAUGCUGGGCUCAAUCCCAGGACCCUGGGACCAUGACCUGAGCUAAAAGUGUAGACCCUCGAUGGACUGAGCCACCUAGGUGCCCAGACAAAUAACUUUCUAAAACCCUCUAAAGCACUUUGGGAUACUUAGAAGAAAACAAACAAACAAAAUAUCGCAUUAAGAUUUUGGAGAUUUUUAAAUAGGUCAUUUUGGAUUUUAAAUAGGCCAGGAAAUUAUUUCCAAGUUGUUAAGUUGUGAGGAUGUGGACACUUUGAUAGGUAUUAUGUUUUUAGCUGCAAAAGCACAAAAUAAAGAAUUUUUCCGAUAACCAUUUUUAAAAUGUUCUUUCCAUAGCACAAUUUUUCCUAGCAGUAAUUACUUUUUCUUCAUUCACAGACUUCUGAUCAUCUGACUUCAUAGUAAUUUCUAACCUUGUUAUUUGGCAAAGAGCUAAUUUAGGUUUAAGAGAAAGGUCAACUCUGUCAUUUUCUUGUUCCCACUUGGUUCCAUUAUUAUUGUUAUCUUUAAGGUGUUUUGUUUGUUUUUGUCUUGUUUUUCUUAGAGAUCUCUUUAUGCCACUUUUCCAUUUUGUAAAGUAUAAAGUGAUGUCUGUCACACUAUGCUGGAGGAGGGAAUGAGAAUUUCACUGUCAGGUCUUCCCUCAAUUCACUUUGUACUGUAUACAGAUCAAGUGAAGGCAUCUGUGUCAAUUCAUAUAUUAACUCUUAAUAAAGCUUAAUUUAACUGCAAA